CUGGCAGGUGCCUCGACCGGGACGGUGGGAACCCCGGUGGGGCCGCGGGCCGUAUCCUUCCCGCCGUAGGGGCCAUUCCUACACUUCCGGGGCACCCACGAACGGGGUUGGCUGCACUCCCGCCCAGGGCCCCGCCUCCUACGUGCCCCGCCCCCCAGGGCCUAUUCCCUUCAGAACGCCGCCUCCGUGAAGCCCGCCGCCUCAGGAUUCGGGCCCUGGGCGCUGUUGCCAGAGCCCUUAUGUUUCAGGCCCCUGGCUCCCACUUUCCUCCUCUCUGGCCAUCUGGCUCGGUUGCUGGCCUCAUGCAUGCAUUCCUCGCCCAGACCCUCCCUCUGUUCGCCUUGCCCUCCUGCCUUGCCUCGCCCCACGCUUCCGCGGCUCUUGUCUAGCGGCUCUGCCACCCCCUGACCCUCCGACUGGUCUGCUCUUUGGCCAGGGUCUUUCUGGAGCUCAAAUCGGACCCCGCCACUCCCUUCUUACACCUCGGGGGAAGCGCUGCGCGUCGACGUCGCCCAGGCCCGGCCUCCCCUAGCCCAAGCGGCCCUCGGAUGCGUCCCAGGGCAGCGCCAGACGUGAUGGGCUGAGGACGCGACUGACGCCUUGGCCUGCGCGGUCAGGCUGGGUCGGGGGAGAUUUGGGGCGGUCCGCGGGGUCCUGGGCACACUGGACCUCACCCGCCCCCUCCGCCUCUAGAGGGAGAGGGAGGCCCGCGACACGCCUCAGGCUCCGGGCUGGGGUGGGGGAAGGUAGGUCUUGGAGCCGCAGCCGGAGCGCGGAGUAGGAGAGAUGGGGCAGCACAGCCCCGGCCCGCCCGGGCCCCAGGCGUCUCGCCAGCCCAGCUCCCGUCAGGCCGCGCUUCGGGGCGGGGUUUUGGGCGCUGGGUCAGAGUCUGAGGAAGUGGGGAAAUCUGGCCCUGGGAGCCCCCCUGUCGGCCUACUUCCCUGCCUGGAUUCUGCGUGUUCCUGCCCAGGCUCCCUGCCGGUCGUCCCAGCUCCGGGGGGCUGCAAGGAGGGGACAGGCAGUGCAUUCACCUGCCCAGCCAGGGUGGCCCAAAGUGACCACGGCUGUGCCAUGAGGACUGCGCUGGUGUACCACGAGGACAUGACAGCGGCCCAGCUGCUCUGGGAAGACCCUGAGUGUGAGAUCGAGCGUCCGGAGCGCCUGACUGCAGCCCUGGAGCGCCUGCGGCAGUGGGGCCUGGAGCAGAGGUGUCUACAGUUGGCAGCCCGAGAGGCCUCCGAGGCAGAGCUGGGCCUGGUACACAGCCCAGAGUAUGUGUCCUUGUUGCGAGGAACCCAGACCUUGAGCACCAGGGAACUACAGGCGCUGUCUGGACAAUACGACGCUGUCUACUUCCAUCCGAGUACCUUCCACUGUGCCCGGCUGGCCGUGGGGGCUGCGCUGCAGCUGGUGGAUGCCGUGCUGACGGGGGCUGUGCACAACGGGCUCGCCCUGGUGAGACCUCCUGGGCAUCACAGCCAGAGAGCCGCUGCCAACGGAUUCUGCGUGUUCAACAAUGUGGCCAUAGCAGCCAAAUACGCCAAGCAGAGACACGGGCUGCACAGGAUCCUCAUUGUCGACUGGGAUGUCCACCAUGGUCAGGGCAUCCAGUAUAUCUUUGAGGAUGACCCCAGCGUCCUCUACUUUUCCUGGCACCGCUAUGAGCAUGGGCACUUUUGGCCCUACCUUCGAGAAUCGGAUGCAGAUGCUGUUGGGCAGGGGCAGGGCCGUGGCUUCACUGUCAACCUGCCCUGGAAUCAGGUUGGGAUGGGAAAUGCUGACUACGUGGCCGCCUUCCUCCAUGUGCUGCUCCCCGUGGCCUUUGAGUUUGACCCUGAGCUGGUGCUCAUCUCAGCAGGAUUUGACUCUGCGAUCGGGGAUCCUGAGGGGCAGAUGCGGGCCACGCCGGAGUGCUUCUCCCACCUCACACAGCUGCUGCAGGUGCUGGCCGGCGGCCGAGUCUGUGCUGUGCUGGAGGGAGGCUACCACCUGGAGUCGCUGUCCCAGUCCGUGUGCAUGGUGGUGAAGGCGCUGCUGGGUGACCCUGCCUUGCCCCUGUCGGGGCCCAUGGAGCCUCAUCACAGUGCCCUGGAAUCCAUCCAGAGUGUCCGGGCUGCCCAGACCCCUCAUUGGAAGAGCCUCCGGCAGCAAGGGUCGACCCCCAUACUGAAUCCCAGCACCUACUCCCUGGAGCGGAGAGCCUCACCUGUAUCUCCCGGGGGACCCAAAUUCAAGGCAGCAGAGGCACAGGCCUCGGCCGCACUGAGUUCCCUCCUAGACCAGCUGCACCUCAACCCCACACUGCCUGUCCGCACGGCUGUUGCCCUGACUGCACUGGAUGCCGCUCUGGUCCUACCUGCCGACGUCCUCCGUCAGGAGGGGUCAGCCCCACAGGAGGAGACACGGGCCUGGGCCAGGCUACACGAGGCCCUGGCCCAGGACAAGGCUCUCACUGCACUUGGGAAGGUCCUGCACCUCUUGAAUGGGAUCCUGGAUGGGCAGGUGAGCAGUGGCAUUGCAGCAACCCCGGAGCCCGCUGCGGCUCCCACCCUGGAUGUGGUCAUUCGGCGCAGCUUGUCCCACGGAGCGCGGAGGCUUCUGUGUGUGGCUGUGGGACAGCUGGAUCGGCCCGCAGACCUUGCCGACGACGGGUCUCCUCCACCUCCCCUUCUGUGGUCUGGGCUCUGGAGGGCAAACAGCAGCUCACCCCCCGCGUGUGCUCGCUCUUCCCCGCUCACCCCCCGCGCGUGCUCGCUCUUCCCUGGAAGGAGGAAUCUGUGGCUGAACAUCAGAGGCAAGGAAGCGGCCGCCCCAUCCAUGUUCCAGGUCUCCGUGCCACUGCCAGGGACUACUGGUGGGUUCGUGAGCUGCGUUCUGGCCCUUGUGCUGCCCCUGGCCUAUGGCUUCCAGCCUGACCUCGUGCUGGUGGCGCUGGGGCCAGCCCACGGCCUGCAGGCCCCCCAAGCCGCACUCCUGGCUUCUCUGCUGCGGGGGCCGGCGGGGGGCCGAGUCCUGGUCCUGCUGGAGCAGGGAUCCACAUCCCAGCUUGCAGGGAUCCUGGCCCGGGUGUUGCAGGGAGAGGCGCCCCCCGGCCUGGGUCCCUUCUCCAUGGCCUCCCCAGAGGACACACAGGCCCUGAUAUACCUGAGAGGGCAGCUUGAAGCAGAGUGGAAGAUGCUGCAGGUGGCCGCUCCUCGAGUGCCGCGACCGGGCAGCUUGAAAUCUGCCAGGGUGGGAGUCUUUGCACUCCAGAGGUGACGCCACAGACUAGUCCCCCAAGAGCCGGCUUUAAACACUCACGUGUGCACCACUGCCUGAGGCCUCUGUCCUGAUGGCCAGGCUACAGAGCUGUCCGGGGCUCUGGCUCAGGGACGCUAUGUCCACGGCCGUGACCGGGGGCCCCCCCUCCAGUGGUCUGCCUCUGCACAGAUGGUUCCAUCCUCGCUUCCUGCGCACCUCUUAACCUCAAAAAAUAAAAGUCGUUUUACCAGCAAAAA